GAUGAUGUGUCCCGUUGUUUGUCUUGACAGCGCUGUAAAGGCGUAGCAGCUAAUAAACACCAGAGAGAGAGAAAGAGAGAGAGAGAGAGCGCGAGGAUAAACACCGACUCACUCACUGUUCCCGGUUAUUUCACCGUUCACCGGUGAAUCUGUCUGCCCGUUACCGUCUGUGGUUGUCAUAGUAACUGUCACCGUCCGGACUACAGAGAGCACCGGGGCGUUAGCGUCGGCGUUAGCAUCGUUAGCAUUAGCAUCGAUAGCAUUAGCAUUAGCACCGUUGUUAUUAGUCGAAGAAAAUGAUCGCGCUGAUCAACAAACUCCUGGACUGGUUCAAGGCUCUGUUCUGGAAGGAGGAGAUGGAGCUGACCCUUGUGGGUCUGCAGUACUCCGGGAAGACCACCUUCGUCAACGUCAUAGCGGUAAGAUAAAGGACCGGGAUCCAGGUCUCCUAAGACCGGGUCCGGGGGACAGAGACCCGGAUCCCCAGUGCUGUCAGCAGGGCCGGGAGGGGGUCUGUGAAGAUCUCUGAUGGAGGAUUGAUGUUAGGUUGACCUUCAUCCUUUAGUCCUGUAGAUGACCCACGGACUCUGAUCCACAUCAUAGACUACAUGAUGAGUAUUUAGGACCCUAAGGGGACCAGCUGUCCCUGUAGGGCUGGUGGAUCCUUCUCCUUCAGGCCUUAUCCUUAACACUUAAAAUCUCCUUUACACGUGAAACCUCCUUAGCACUUAAAACCUCCAUCACACUUAAAACAUCCUUCAAACCUCCUUAACACUUAAACCUCCUCCACCCUCCUUAAAACCUCCUUAGCACUUUAAACCUCCUUAAACCUCCACCGAGGUGGAUUUUUGGGGGCCGAUACCAAUUAUUGGGGUGGGGGGGUUCAAAGGUAUCUACAGUAUACUGUAUACUGUAGAUAUUUACAUUAUACUGUAUACUGUAGUUAUACUGUAGGCUACUGCUCUUCACGCCGACAGAAAGGCCGACUGAUCAAACUCAGACCUCCUUUACACUUAAAUCCUCCUUUACAAUUAAAACCAUCUCAAGACCUCCUUAACACUUAAAACCUCCUUCAUACCUCCUUAACACUUAACCUCCUUCAAACCCCCUUAAAACCACCUUAGCACUUAAAACCUACCUAAAACCUCCGUUAAACUUAAAACCUCCUUAAAACUUAAAACCUCCUUAACAACCUAAACCUCCUUAACACUUAAAACCUCCUUCAUACCUCCUUAACACUUAACCUCCUUCAACCCCCCUUAAAACCACCUUAGCACUUAAAACCUACCUAAAACCUCCGUUAAACUUAAAACCUCCUUAAAACUUAAAACCUCCUUAACACCCUAAACCUCCUUAACACCCUAAACCUCCUUAACACUGAAAACCUCCUCCAAACCCCCGCAAAACCUUCUAAAAACCUCCUUAACACCCUAAACCUCCUUAACACUUAAAACCUCCUCCAAACCCCCUCAAAACCUUCUAAAAAACCUCCAUUACACUUAAAACCUCCUCCAAACCCCCUCAAAACCUCCAUAAAACCUCCUUUACGCUUAAAACCCUAACACUAAAAACCUCCUUCAAACCUCCUUUACACCUAAAACCUCCUUAACACUUAAAAACUACUUAAAACCUUCUUAACACCUUAAACCUCCCUCAAACCCCCUCAGAACCUCCUUAAAACCUCCUUUACUCUUAAAACCUCCUUAACACUUAAACCCUCCUUAAAACCUCCUUAACACUUAAAACCUCCCUUAUACCUCCCUAACACUUAAAACCUCCUUUAUAUUUAAAACCUCCUUAAUACCUAAAACCCUCCUCAACACUUAAAGUCUCCUUUAAACCUCCUUAACACUUAAAACCUCCUUUACACUUCAAACUUCCUUAACACUUAAAGCCUCCCUAAAACCUCCUCAUCCUUAAACAUGGAUGCUCAAAGAAAUGUUUGUGUUGGAACUUUUUGUGGACUAAAUCCUGUUUGUCUGAGUCGAAAGUUUAACUUUAUUUUACGUCAAAUGUUCGUUUGCUGAAGUUGACCGUCAUCACUUCUUCACUUUUGGUUUAAUGUUUGUGAUAAUACUCACUGAACAAACUGUCAGAUUUCACCUCUGUCAAAGUAUUUUAGUCAUUAAAACUUAACAGCAGAUCAUUCAGACUUUAAGAGCUUUUAAGAAAAAAGAGAGAAGAGUCCUGAGCUUUUAUUCCAAUAAAAGCUCAGGACUCUUCUCUCCUCCUCCUGCUCCUCCAUUGACCUGAGUCUUGAAUUUACAGAACAUUCCAGUCUUGUCAAAGCUCCUGAAAGUGAUGUUUCAGUGUGAUCUCUAAAAGUAAACAGACUAUCAGUGAGGAGGUUUAUCAUGUCUCCCCUUUUUAACACACUUCUUACCUGUCAGCUGAUUAAGUCACAAAAAGCCCCUGAAAAGCCUUCCUGUUGUGACAACCAUCCUCAUCCGUAUCCUCAUCGUCCUCAUCCUCAUCCUUAUGCUCAUUGUCCUCAUCCUCAUCCUUAUCCUCAUCAUCCUCAUCCUCAUUGUCCUCAUCCUCAUCAUCGUCAUCAUCCUCAUCCUUAUCCUAAUCAUCAUCAUCCUCAUUGUCCUCAUCCUCGUCAUUAUCAUCAUUAUCGUCACUAUUAUGUAUCAGUGACCUGGGUGUUAAAGCGUGUUGUUUUUGUGUGUGUGUUUCAGUCAGGACAGUUCAGUGAAGACAUGAUUCCUACAGUGGGCUUCAACAUGAGGAAGAUCACUAAAGGAAACGUCACCAUAAAGGUCAGUCGAUCCGCUCACAAGUGGACAUCUGUCAGCGCUGGCGAGCUGACCUCAGACAUCAACACUGCAGCCAUAUUGCUGGUGGCGUCCUGAAAAGACUCCAAACAUGCAGACCAAUUAAAUUUGGACUCAUUAUUGUCUGCAACUAAAGAAAGUUAAGUCUAUACAUAUCAGCUCCAAAUAUCAGUUAUUGAUCUUAUUAGAUAUCGAUCCUCUGUGCCCAUAUUGGCCCUAAAAGACCAACAUCAGUUGACCUGGAGUGUGUACGAUUAACUGACCACUGCAGUCUGUCUGAGUUAUAUUUUCUUAUUUCUUAUAUAAUAAAAGAGGAGCUGAUCAGAUCAGUGAUUAUUAAUCAGUAAAGGGGAAGAGGGUGGUCAGUACGACUGAUAAUAAUAUAAUAAUAAUAAUAACUAUAUUUAUAUAUAUAUAUAUAUAUAUAUAUAUAUAUAUAUAUAUAUAUAUAUAUUUAGCACUUUUAAAAACAAGAGCUUGCAAAGUGCUUUAACAUGCAGGGAGAUAAAGAAGAGAAAAACAACAGAACAACAACAAGAGAACACUCAGGGGGAAAUGACACAUUACUGUCAAUAAAGAAAUAAAAUAAAACAAAAAUCAGUGGAAGACAUAAAAGCUUUAAUGAAUGUCACAUGAGCUGAGAGGACAAUAAAAUAAAGACAAUAAAACAAAGAUAUUUCAAGAGCCAAUGAUAUCCAACCAACACAGGCACUCAAUCACAAAAUCCUGAGACCAAGGGGACAAUUAUAAAACAAGAAUAAGAAGAGUAAAAAAGUUUUAAAGAAGACAAAAUCACAUAAAAACAAGUUGAUAAAAAUGAGUUUUAAGACGUGAUUUAAAGCAGUGACUGUAUCUGAACUUGACUGGAUUAUUCCCACUCUUUUAGGGGGACAUAAACAGAGUCGAUUGAUUAACUGAUUGAUUGAUUGAUUGAUUGAUUGAUUGAUUGAUUGAUUGAUUGAUUGAUUGAUUGAUUGAUUGUGAGAGUUCUGUUAGCAACACUGAAAAAGGAGGAGAAAUAAACAUGAAAAGAUUUUUUAUUUUGUACUUGAACUUCCUGAGAUUCCGAGAGUCAGUAAUUUAUGAAAACGUUGAAUGUGCUCAUGUGAGCGAUCCUCACUCUGACACAGAGCCACAUUUAAUGGUGAUGACCAUUCCUCUUCCUCCACCUUAUUUUUAAACGGGUCCAUGUUUUAACGUCACUUCAGCUCACUCUUCAGCGUGUUGUUCCAUAUUUGAACUCCACAGACUGAAACACAGAAACCAUGCAGCUUUUUCACGGCUUGACACUAACUUUGUUCACAUGUUCUCCUAAGUUGAAAAAGUAAGGAGCAACAAAGAACUUUAGGGGAACAAUGAAAAUUGAUCAAAUAAUGUUUGUCUUAUUGUCCGACCUUAGUACUACUAUUAGAAAUCAAUUUUAGGUCUUUUGGUCACAUGACAUGGAAGCUAUUGAAGGAAAACAGCCAUUUCUGAGAACAUCAACCGGUAAUUUAUUGAUGGCCCCUUAUUCAACACCGACGUUGACAGUGAGGGUGUCGAGUAGAUUUAACCGUGCUGCUGUUGUUAUUCCCGGUUAUGGAGAGUGAGAAGACACCGGUAGAUCCUCAGUGAAUGUCUGUCGAAAAUCCAACCUAAAACUAACUUCACCGCCCUAUUUACAGGAAAAAACAUUUGUUGAUUUUUUUUAUGCGCACAUGUGACCCUAAAUACAUUUUAUAAUUCACACAGAUCUAUUUUUAGUUGCAAAUGUGAGUGAAACAGUCGCACUGUCGAGACCUGUCUUUAAAUGUAACUGUCCUCCUCAGCUUGUUUGUGUCUGAUUGUCUUCAGAAAGGUUUUGGAUUCAUAAGUUUGUGAAAGACACAGUAUAUUUUUUUAAACGCUUCUAAACUCCAAACCUCUCUGUUUGCAGUUGUGGGAUAUCGGCGGUCAGCCUCGCUUCAGGAGCAUGUGGGAGCGUUACUGUCGAGGAGUCAGUGCUAUCGUGUAAGUCUGUGUCUCCCAAACUCAGGUCCUCUAGGUGGGUCACAGGAUCACGCUCCUUUUACCUUCAUGUUUGGACCCAGAGAGGGAGAAGUGUGUUGUCCAGUGGUCAUCCUUCUCUGCAAACGGAGGACAGGAACCGUGUGAAGAGUUGGUUUGGUUCAACAGAACGGUCAGGGACAGUCUCUAAAUUGUUGUCCUGCAGUCCUGUUGAGUCCAGUUACCCCAGUAGUCCUGGAGAGACGGGCCUGCAGAGCGUCAUGUAAAUAGGUCACAGUUAUGAACGCAGUUUACACGCUCAGUUUGAAUGGAGUAAAAAUGAUGCUGAUUGGCUGCGUCAGCUUCCCCUUCACUUUGACUGACUUUGAGCCGCUGCAGCAGGACAGGGUGGGAUGUCACAAAAUCUGAGUUCAUGUUUCAAGGCAGUGGUUCUUAACUGGUCUCACUCUGGGACCCACAUUUUUCCAUGGUCCUUAAGUCCCAACCCACUUUUAUAAAAUUCAAACCAAACAAAUUUUUUUCUCAUAAAAAAAAACUUUAAAGACUCAAUCUUUGACAUAAAUAUACUGUUUUUAUUGAGUAAAGUGCAUUUCAGAUCACAUGAACUGAGGACGACAACUACUGAAGUUGCAUAUAAGUAAAAUAUCUAAUAUCAAAUUGUACAAAAUAAAUACCAUAAAAAACGUGUAUUUUUACUGCUUUCAGGCCACAUAAAUAAGAAACUGAGGACCAGACACAAUUUGAGUCUUUUAAAGGUUUGUUGAUUUUUUUUUUAUAAAAAAAAAAACUUUAAAUACACAGUUUUUAUUGAAUAAAGUUCAUUUCAGAGCUCAUGAACUGAAGAUGACAACUACUGAAGUUGCAUAAACAGAAAAAAUCAAAUAUCAAAUUGCACAAAUUUAUUUUUACUGCAUUCAGGCCACAUUAAUAAGAAACUGAGAAGAACCACAACAUAACGUGUGCCUUUCAAAAUAAGCUAUUUUUCAAAUAAAAGUCAAAUAUGAGACGCACAAAAAUAUAUUGACUUUUUUGACCAGCUGUUUGUGACCCAUCCAGAACGUGUCAAUUUCGGGUCGGGACCCACCAGUUGAGAACAACUGUUUUAAAGCAUUUCUGAGUGAUUGUGUAUGUGCAGGUCUCUUCAUAGUUUCCUGUGUUUUGCAGAUACAUGGUGGACGCAGCAGACCCAGAGAAGAUCGAAGCCUCCAAGAACGAACUUCACAACCUACUGGAUAAACCACAACUGCAGGGAAUUCCUGUAAGACCCCAUUCACACUCAUCCAGAUCCCAAACUGACCUCUAGAGAGUACCCGCUCUUUGACUGAGAGCUGUCGGAACGUCUGAAGCUCAUUUGUGCGCCCCCCCCCUCUGUCUGCAGGUUUUGGUUCUGGGCAACAAGAGGGACCUCCCAGGGGCUCUGGAUGAGAAGGAGCUCAUAGAGAGGAUGUAAGUUCUCAGACUCUUCUUCAUGAGUCAAAGCAGUGAGUUUCACUGACAUCAGAAAAUAGAUCUGGAGGAUUUAAAGGGUUAAUACCACAGCACUCAAACUCCCAUGAGUCCUUGCAUUAAAGGGAAAGUCUGCUAGGUGGCGCUGCUCAAACUCAGUGCUGCAAAGAUGCUCAAAGGUCAGAGGGUCGUACAGGGAAUCAUCUUGCAGAGGAAGACAAAGAAAAUCAGGUUUCUAUGACGACAAAGAGCAGCAGGUGUGAUAUAACUCUAAGAAGACCAAACUUUAAAAACAUGGUUUAAUCUCGACAUACAAAAAAAAUGGCUCACUGAGGUCACAUGGGCUGAUGACUAGAUUGAUUAGAUUAGGUUAGAUAAGACAAGGUUAGGUUAGAUAAGAUAAGGUUAGGUUAGAUUAUGUUAGGUUAGAUUAGAUCAGUGGUUCUCAAACUUUUUUUGUCAUUCCCCCCUACCCCAACAAAAUUGUGACAAAAUAGGCCAUGUAUAACUUUAUUGACAUAACAUUCCUUCUGCUGUAUUUCUCAAAACUAGAAAAACGUGCAUUCAUGUUGCAAGAACAAUAAUAAUCAAACAAUAUCAAGUUAAGUAAGUACAAAAAAAUCCUGUGAAUCCAAGAGCAAGAUGGCAAGAUAGCUUCAUCAUAUUUCCUUGACUUGGCUUUUUGUUGGUUUGGCCUACCGUCAUCUAGGCAUGCUGUAUUGCUGGCUUCAGCUUUUCUUUUCAUCCCUGUCAAAUAUCUCUCCAUUCUGUACUUUUAUAUACAAUUUAUUAUUCUGAUCUGAACACAGUUGCUGGUUGUUACGGUGACAGGUGAAAGCGCGGGUUGUCCGCCGCUAAAAAAAUUCCGACGUCCAAACAUUGGUUCCGCGGCACGGACUCUGCACAACGCGAAACGGAGCAGCUUCAGCUCCUCUCGGAGCUCUCCACAGCGAAAGGAGUGGAGCAGCUGCUGGCAUAGCACGGCAUCUGUGGUUAUCUCCGCCCUGGUUUCUGAGCUAUUUCCCACCAUGAAUUAGCACAGCAGAAAGCGUGUUUGUACGCUUUCAGGAGGACAUUGUACAGGUGGGGAAAGCAGCAUACUUAACAGGUGUUAUGCCGUAGAAUGCACCCCUGCCGUAGAAUGCACCCCCUGCAUCCCCUCCACUUGUUAGCUUCUUAAAGUGGAAGAAAAUGAUCUCAUAUUUUAAAAAAUACGACUAUUUGAUCGUGACAACUUUCGUUCUGUUUUUAUGUGUCUCAAAAAUGCACAUACAGAGGUUUGCUUGGGUAUAUAAACUGUACAGUAAGCUGUCAAGCUAGCGAACAUUAUAUUUCGGGACAGCAAAUAUUCAGAAUCAGAGGGCUAUUUUUUCAGGGCGCUGGACUCCCCCUACUGGUGUGGCGAGUUCAGUAUGGUGCAUGCGUGACGAGCGCGGUGCCUGCACAGGAAGUGCCGCGCUAUCGCGGGUGCACACCAACCUAUUUGUAGCCGGGUGACUCGCGCCCCCCCCAGGGAUGGCUCCGCACCCCCCUAGGGGGGCGGGCCACACACUUUGAGAAACGCUGGAUUAGAUAAAGUUGGGUUAGAUUAGAUAAGGUUAGGUAAGAUUAGGUUAGGUUAUAUUAUGUUAGAUUAGAUUAGAUAAAGUUAGGUUUGAUUAGAUUAUGUUCGGUUACAUUAGAUAAGGUUAGGUAAAAUUAGAUUAGGUCAGUGGUUCUCAAAUCCAGUCCUCAAGCCCCCCCGUCCUGCAUGUUUUGGAUGUUUCCCUGCUCCAAUACACCUGAUUCAAAUGAUCAGCUCGUUAUCAAGCUCUGGAAUGGCUUAAUAACGAGCUGAUCAUUUGAAUCAGGUGUGUUGGAGCAGGGAAACAUCCAAAACAUGCAGGACGGGGGGGCUCGAGGACUGGACUUGAGAACCACUGGAUUAGGUGAAGUUAGAUUGGGUUGGAUUAGAUUAGAUCAGGGUUAGGUUGGGUUGGAUUAGAUUAGAUGAGAUAGAUGCGAUAAGAUUAGAUUAGAUCAGGUUAGGUUUGGUAAAGUAAAUCUCAUUGAAUGAGAUUAUAAAAUAAAAAAGAUAAAAUAAGAUUAGAUUAGGUUAAAUGGGAUAAAAUUAGAUAAGGGCAGAUUAGAUUAGAUUAGGUUGGAUUAGAAUAGAUUAUAUCAAAUUAGAUAAAACUAUAAUUUGCUAAAACAAGAUUAGAUUAGGUUAGAUUAUAUUAGGUUAGGUUAGAUUAGAUUAGGUUAAAAUAAAUAAGAUUAGAUGAGUUUAGUUUAGAUUAGGUUCAAAUAAAUUAGGUUAGAGUAGAAUAGAUUAUAUUAAAUUAGAUGGGUUCAUAAUUGGAUAAACUAAAUUUAAAUUUGGUUAAAUUAGAUAGAAUUAGAUCAGGUUAGAUUAUAUUAGGUUUGGUUUGAUUAGAUAAGAUUAAAUUAGGUUAGGUUCGAUCAUAUUAGGUUUGAUUAGAUUAGAUUAAAUUAUAAUUUGAUAAAAUGAGAGUAGAUUAGGCUGGAUUAGAUAAAAUUAGGUUGGGGUUAGAUUGGAUUAAAAUGGAUAAGAUUAGGUAAAAGUAUACUAGGUUAGAUUAGAUUAAAUUAGGUAGGGUAAAAUUAGGUUAGAUUAGAUAGAAUAAGAUUAUAAUUGGAUAAAGUUAGAUUGGAUUAAAUUAGAUUAAAUCAGAAUAUUAGGUUAGAUAGAUAUAUGGUCACAGUCUGCUGACUCUAGGUGAUAGGUUUAUUCAUGAUCACAGAGUUUAAUCUUUUCUGGUCAACCAUCAUCAUUAACAGUGUUUUAAUCAUUCAAAAGCACAUCAACAGGGAAAGACAGGAAGUAGAUUAUAGGGAUUAUAUCUAUGAGGGAUUAAAAGACAGAAACCAUCAUAAAUAACUAGUCUAGUUGGACGGAGGGGGUUCAGUGCACCCCCCGGAGUUAUAUUUCUAAUCAGUGUUUUUCUAUAGGAAAAAAUGUGCUGAAAAUAAUGAGCUAUGAUAAAAAGUUCUCAGAAUGUCCCAUCUGCCCCCAAACCCCCAAAACCCACUUUUUGGUAUAUGGCUCAAGCGAAAUUGUGUUAAGGCAAAUAUUAAUUCACUAAAAUUACAUAAUUGGACAUGAAAGUCUAAAAUUUGGCAUGGGGUAUCCUGAGACAUAGGGUUAAGUAGCCCAAUAGGGCCUGCUACAACUGUAUUCAUAAUUAUGACCAACAUCAUCCCCAGAAACACAUAAAAAUAUACUGUCCGCUUGACAAAUAAUAACAAAGAUGAUUAAUUUCCUGCACUUUAUGGUGAAUAUCACUGCCUCAUUUGUAUAUAUAAACUUCCCGUGUCCCUAAGCUUCAAUUUGAGCCCAAGAUGACCUUUCUGGCUUAAAAAUUACUCUUUCUAUAGCCAAAGUUCUGCACUAUACCUCAAAUCGGAGAAAAUAGGAGAUUCUGCCAGUAGAUGUCUAUAACAGGUAUCAUGCAUUCCCAGAAAUAUAUAUAUAUAUAUAUAUAUAUAUAUAUAUAUAUAUAUAUAUAUAUAUAUAUAUAUAUUUAUUUUUUUUUUCUAAUCAUUAUUUCCUUUUUGGAAAAAAUGUGGUGAAAAUGAUGAGCUAUGUUAAAUAGUCAACAUUACCCAUCUAUUAUUUAUAUGCAAAUUGGUGCUGCCAUUAUGGAAACAUUGAUUUUGUUGUGCAUUGAGCAUAUCAAUACAGACAGUAUAAACUCUGCCACCAACACAACUUUGCUUCUACAUCAUCCUCCCAACAAACAAGGUAAGAAGCAUAAAUCAGCCACUGUAUACAUGUGGAAUAAAUUGACUGACUUUGACUACACAAUGUACACAUUAUGUAAUAUUUCCUUCUUGAAUAUAGUUAUCACAUACAGUUUAAAUACUUUUCCUUAUCAUUUUAUCUUAUCUUAAGUCUGCUAAAACAAGUACUAGCUUCAAACAUGACCGUAAAAUAAGAUGGUUGCACCCAUAACAUCAGCUAUUGGUUUUUCUUAUUCACUUCUCUUAACAGUGGUGGUUAUAGACAUCAAGCCAACAUGCCUAAGGCUAAGAAGAGUUUAAAUCCUGAAGCACACAAAAGUGCAUCACUUAUAUGCAUACUUCAUGUGUCAUCCAUGUCAGAUCAUGGUAAUUUCACACCCCUCUCAAAAGUAAAAGGAACCCCUGCAGAAAAACUACAACAUCUUCAUGAUAUCUGGGACCAACGUCUCCAACAAUCUCAUGAAUCCCCAUAUUGUAUGCAGUCAGUCUGUGACCAAAUCCCCUCAACUUUACCUGAUGACUUGGAAGGUGUUGGGUACCACCGCAACUGUUAUCUGCGCUUUAAUGCCAACCUUCAUCUCCUAAGAGAUAACAUAGAACCAGAACCAUCAACCUCAGAGAGGCAUCGCUCACCUCGUAGAUUGUCGUCUGGUCCCAUCUUCCCACCCGAGUGCAUUUUUUGUGAAAAGGUUGUGAUCAAAGGUAGCCAUAGGAAAACAGAGAGACCUCAGUUCAGAGGCGAAGAGGAAGAGAUGGAGGAAUCAGAGGACGAGUUCUAUGAGGACGAUGAGUAAUUAAAAUGAUUAAGAAUUUUGUUCUUCAUGGUGCAGGCCAGUUUACAAUGUGGUCACUGUUUGUAAACUGUUUGCUAACAUAUUUGCUUGUGUACAGGGUGGGAUCCUGCAAUGUGAUACUAUUGUAUACUAUUGUCAAUUAUUACUGAGGGUGUUUGUUUUGUGAUGCUACGCUACAGUAUAUCUUAUAAAGCUUGCUUAAAAACUCAGCAUCUGGCUAGACAACUUAUUUGUAUGGUUAUACACAAUAUUGGUAUCUAUUACUUGAUAAAAAUGUUAUUAUAUUGUAAUAGUGAAACUCAUUUUCACACCACCAUGGUGUGGCCACUUAAAGAAUAGUUUCAAUGAGGUUCUUGGCCCUCAAAACAGGUCCAGAUACCUUAUUUGUUCAUUUUAAUGCAACAUUGGCUGAGAUAUAGGCAAAAACAAUGUUUCCAUAAUGGCAGCACCAAUUUGCAUAUUAACUGUAGGUGGGUCAUGUUGACAACUAUUUAACAUAGCUCAUCAUUUUCAGCAGAUUUUUUCCAAUAAGGAAAUACUGAUUAGAAAUAUAAAUAUAUAUAUCUGGGGGUGCAUGAUACCUGUUAUAGACAUCUACUGGCAGAAUCUCCUAUUUUCUCCGAUUUGAGGUAUAGUGCAGAACUUUGGCUAUAGAAAGAGUAAUUUUUAAGCCAGAAAGGUCAUCUUGGGCUCAAAUUGAAGCUUAGGGACAUGGGAAGUUUAUAUAUAUACAAAUGAGGCAGUGAUAUUCACCAUUAAGUGCUGGAAAUUAAUCAUCUUUGUUAUUAUUUGUCAAGCGGACAGUAUAUUUUUAUGUGUUUCUGGGGAUGAUGUUGGUCAUAAUUAUGAAUACAGUUGUAGCAGGUCCUAAAAUCCUAUUGGGCUACUUAACCCUAUGUCUCAGGAUACCUCAUGCAAAAUUUAGACUUUCAUGUCCAAUUAUGUAAUUUUAGUGAAUUAAUAUUUGCCUUAACACAAUUUCGCUAGAGCCAUAUACCAAAAAGUGGGUUUUGGGGCAGAUGGGACAUUCUGAGAACUUUUUAUCAUAGCUCAUCAUUUUCAGCACAUUUUUUCCUAUACACUGAUUCGGCGAAAUGACCGGAAGUAGUAUGGCCGCCAUUACUGCGGUGUGCGCAAAGCAAAUACAACAGAAUAGAAUAGAAUAGAAUAUUCCUUUAUUGAUCCCCCAUGGGGGAAAUUUUUUUCUCACAGCAGCAUCACAGACAAAGAGUGCAAAAAGCAGUUAUAAAAAUAAAGAUCCUAAUAUUAGGAACUUAAAUAAAUGUAAUAAUUAAGAAAAAAUGUAGAAAAAGGAAAAAGAGAGAAGAAAAAUAAAAGUAUCUACAAUAUACACAAUUUACACAUACACAAAAAGUGGUGGUGUGUGUCCAGUUAUUAUUACAGUUCGUUGUAAAGUCUUAUUGCAGAAGGGAGGAAUGAUCUGCGGUAGCGCUCCGUCUUGCAAGGUGGAAGUCUCAGUCUGCUGCUGAAGGAGCUGCUUAAAGCCCCCACAGUCUGGUGCAGUGGGUGAGAGGGAUUGUCCAUGAUGGAUACAAGCUUUGCUAACAUCCUCCUCUCACCCACCUCCUCCAGGGAGUCCAAAGAACAGUCCAGGACAGAACUGGCCCUCCUGACCAGUCUAUUCAGUCUCUUCCUGUCCCUCUCGGUGCUCCCUGCCCCCCAGCAGACCACUGCAUAGAAAAGUGCAGAUGCUACCACAGAGUCAUAGAAAGUCCUGAGCAGAGUCCUGCACACUCCAAAAGACCUCAGUCUCCUCAGCAGGUGAAGACGACUUCGGCCCUUCUUGUACAGUACGUCUGUGUUGGUUGACCAGUCCAGUUUAUUGUUGAGGUGGACACCCAGGAAUCUGUAGGACUUCACCAUCUCGAUGUCCAGACCCUGGAUGUUCACUGAAACAGUCUGAGGUGUCCUCCUCCUGCGGAAAUCCACGACCAUCUCCUUUGUCUUACUGGCGGACGAGAAGCAGUGCUGUAAGCAGCGAGCAGCGACACAAGCAACCCUGCACAACUAUGUCAAGACAGUCUGGGAGGAUGUGUGCCGUCAUCGGCUGUUACAACAACAGUAAAAGACUACAGUUGUGGAAAAAGUCGAUAUGUGAGACACACAUGCCGUUACUGAAAGAAGACUGUCCAUGUUGCUAAGAGCUGAGCUAAUGUAACAUCCAUUCAGUUCUUAGUUGUGCGCGAUCCCACGCCCCGCAUUUAGAUUUUGGCAGGCAUGCAUUUCACGGCAUAACACUGAUAGCCCACGAAACAAAUAUUUAAUUCCUACAUUAUUUUUUAAUCACGUAGGCUUGUACAUAAUGAUUAAUUGCUUGUUAGCUUGCGAGGGUCAGUAUAAAUGUAGCCUAGCCAGUGUUUACACACACAUUUCCUUCUUCUUCAGUAUUUCACAAUUAAAUACUUCAUGCUUUUCAUCUUAUUAAUUCCCAAAUUAAUAUCGGUAUUAAUUUAAGAUACCUUCAUCAGUAACCGGAGGCCACUGUCUGACAUCGUCAAACCAGGUGACUUUACUCAUGCUGUCAAUGAUGCUCUCAGACACUAUUUACUAGCAUACCAUUAUUUGUUGAUAGCAUGACAACUUCAUAAUGUUGCACACCGCAGCAAUGGUGCCGCCACAAGAUGGCGGUGUACACAAACCGCUCACCUGAAUGGGUGUAUAGAAAAACACUGAUUAGAAAUAUAUCUCCGGGGGGGUGCACUGAACCCCCUUCUUCCAACUGGACUAAACCCCAGAGGAGGAAUCAGGAGCUGACUGAGUGUGUUCAUAAAACUAACCCAUAGUUUCAUAACCUUAUAUCAGCCUUUAAAGACAGUGGACGUCCUCAUUAUUAAGAAAAGAAACAAAAAUCAAACCGUCCAAUCAGUUUCUGUAACUUCAGUGUUUUUACUGUCAGCUGACCGAUAAUGAUGUUUGUUUCUCACCAGGAACCUUUCGGCCAUCCAGGACAGAGAGAUCUGCUGCUACUCCAUCUCCUGCAAGGAAAAAGACAACAUUGGUACGACACACACAUGCAUGCACGCAUGCGCACUCACACACACACACACACACACACACACACACGCACACCCUCUGUGUGUCCUGACCUCACCUUGUUCUCUCUCUGCAGACAUCACUCUUCAGUGGUUGAUCCAACACUCCAGGACUAAGAGGAGUUCCUGAGAGACUGACACACCCCUAAACAGAACAGGCUACGCCCACCUGUACUUACACACACUUGCUCUCUGAUCAACCCCCCCUCGUCCCCGAAUCUUCACUCUGACCAUCAUCAUCCCCCCUAACCCUAUAUUAACACCUCCUGACCCCACCCCCCACCCCCCCACUCUGGGACGCACUGAUACCUGUUUGAUUAUUUUAGAGUAUCAAACAGCAACAUUUGCAAAGGUCAACUUCCUGUACCCCCCGUCAUUAAGGGCAGAGUCAGACCUGCAGCCAUGCCGGCCUUUUCUCAGUAGCACACUGGUCUCAGUUCCUGCAGGAGUCUGAAGUGGACCAGAACUUAAAGCACACACACACAGAUGUUCUCAGUGUCAGCUGCAGCUCUUCUUCUCCUCUGUGGAACAUCUCAGACAGACUUGGAGGAUAGAACCACGUCUUUAUUUCUGUACCCGGGUUCAAACACAACCCUGACCGUUUACCUCUGAGGUCUGCUGGGAGACUCCACAGUAACGGGGAGACCAUUUGGUGCUCUAACUUAAGGUCCAGACCUCCCAAAAACAAUUACUUAUGACUUCGAUGGAGAGUGUCGAGGUGUCAUAAAGUUCUCACACUAAACACGCUCCAAGAGUCCACCUGUCUGUCAGGUAAAUGUGUAUCACAGUAGUCAUGGGACGAGACUCACACGCUCACAUUUUAUAAUUUCCUUAGAAAUGGAGAAACAUGUCUUUAAAUUUGGCAACAGUGUAGCAGGCUUCUAGAGUGCCAGAUGCAGGUCCUAACAGCUUCUGGGUUCACUCUGCUGUAAGUCCACUCGUCCAUGCCGUGUUCCCAGACUCUCAGUGGUCCCGGUCUAAAGCUGCAUUCAGAAACACUACUCCUCAUUUGUGUGUCGAAGUGAAGCUUCCUGUGACCUCACGUGGUCGCGGCGUGUUUGCACGAGUUUAGCUGCGUGUCCUAAAUAAGAGUUUGAUACUGAACGGUGGUAUCAGUGCACCUGUACAGGUCCACACAGCAGACUCCUCAGGGUCACCUGUUUGGGUUUGGAUGGAGUCAGAACAUCACCCAUGGUGGCUUUAAUCCACUCUCAUGGUUAUCAGGAGCCCGCUCUGUGGAUCGACCCUCUAACCCUGAACUUUUUCCCAUGAUCCUCCCUUCCUCCCAUCUCAGUAACCACAGGUUUGCCUUCAUCAUUUUCUCUUUCCUUCCUUUUUCUCUCUCUCCUGUUGGUUUCUGUUCUUCCUCUCUACCUCCACAUCCUUCAUCCAUCCUUCCAUGGUUUCACCUUUAUAUCGAUUCUCCUUCUCCUCCUCCUCCUCCCUCGUCUCUAGUGAACUGCUUGUCCUCUUUGUAUUCCUUCUGUCCUUCCUCCCUUUUCUUAUUUUUGGAUGUAACUUCCUUUCCUUGCUGCCAAGCCCUGCCCCUCGUCGCCUCUCUCCCCUGCCGAGCGAGGGACUAAAACCUUUUUAUUGCACUGUUGAUUUUGUUUUUGUAAGAUAUGAAUAAUGAGAAUAAUGUUAAUAAUCUUCUUAUUGUGACAUAACCUGGUGUGUCCAGAUUGAAGGAAGCGGUACUUUAACUGGAGAGACGUUUCUGUUCGUUUGAUUUCUCAGAUGUUUUAUAUUUUUUUUAUUCUUGGUUGUUUUUGACUUCACAAGCCGACUCUGGAUGGAUGGGAGUCCGCGUGUUUUCUGCUGACUCAGAUGUCUGCUGAUUGGACCGGGGGUGUCACAUGAUCAGAUUUUAGAGUUUCCGUCAGCUGUCGCCUCCUCAUCAUACCUGAGCAAAUGUUGUCAUUCGAACUGAAGGGUAAACUUGGAUGUCUAUGAGUGCCAAUGUUGAAUAAAAUCCUCAAAACAAUUAGAGAAACACAUUUUAGUUGUUUUUUAAAGCUCGACCGCUUUUAACAAAUACAGACUACAGGACGUUAGAAAACCAGAUCCUCAAAAGAAAAAGGGCAGACAAAUCUGUUUCCAGGUUCUUCUAUAAUUCUGACGUUUCUUCAAAUUCAAACAAAAAUCUUUGACUCCUGAUCUGAAUAAAAAUGACAGUCCUCAUUUAUUCUCAUGAUUUUCUCAGAGCAGCCUGUGAUUGAGCAUCUGAUGUACAUAUUUGCUAAAACAGGACAGAAUUCUACGACAGAGUAUAGCGUCCACAUUUUUUUUAAAUUUGAGACUUCAAGAUUAAAGUCAUUAAUUUACAAGAUUAAGUCAUUACUUACAAGAAUAAGGUAGUAAAAAACUACUACUACUACUAUACUUAUGAUAAUGUGGUGCUGAUGUGCCAAAAGAUGAAGUAUCUCCUUGUUUGAGAAACAUAUAUCCAUCCAUUUUCUAUCGCUUAUUCCCGUUCCCAGGGUUGCAGGGGGGCUGGAGCCUAUCCCAGCAUCUUGGGCGAAGGCAGGGCACACCCUGGACAAGUCACCAGUUCAUCGCAGGGCUGACAUAUAGAGACAAACAACCAUCCAUGCUCACAUUCACACCUACGGGCAAUUUGAAAGUGGCCAAUUAACCUAAACCCACUUCUGCAUGUUUUUGGGAUGUGGAAGGAAACCGUAGAACCCGGAGUAAACCCAUGCAGACACAGGGAGGACAUGCAAAUUCCACACAGAAAUGCCCUGAGACCGGAUUCAAAUUCAGGACCUUCUUGCUGUGAAGCGACAGUGCUAACCACUACACCACUGUGUCGCCCGAGAAACAUAUAUUUAAGUACAUUUUCAUGAAAUGCUCCAUUUUAACAACCGUCCUCUUAAACAGCAGGUUAAAAUAUAAGGACUUUAUUCUGACUUUAUUCUUGUAAGUGAUAAUUUAAUUAUGACUUUAUUCUUGUAAGUAAUGACUUAAAUCUCAUAAAUUAAUGACUUCAAUCUCAAAGUCUUAAUUUUUUUUUCUUAAUAUGGCCCAUAUACUCUUUCGUAGAAUUCAGAUUUUUGAGAAACAAAACUUCUUUUUGGAUUUCUGACUUCUUUUUUACUUUUUUGUGGAAUAAAUUCAGAGGAAAAAGUCCGACCUCAAAAACAUCUUUGUUUUGCUAGAGCAGGUAAUAAUAAGUGAGGCUGUCACUGUGUUUGUAUUUAACACAGUGAAAUAGGUUUGGGAUCAUCCUUUAAAAACUGAGUGUCAGAAUAAAACUGGAUGAACACUCAGCCAUCAGACUUCUUACAUAAGUACCGAAACUUCAGACUCCUCAUGUGGGUUCAAUCUUACUCAGUUUCCUCCUAUCAAGUUCUGACACCUCCUGGUCCCGGUCCAGUCAGCAGCCAAUCAGAGCGCAGAUCAAACCAGAGAAGGAAGGAGCGUUACCGAUCUGUAUGUUUAUUUUGAGGUCAUUUUGUGGAAGAGCAGCGGUAUGUCUCUCAGGAGAUUAUGUAGGAUUGGGAUUAUGUGGGGACUUCACUCUGACCCGCUUUCACUGUCGGGCCAAAUGGGUCGGUCUGCUUUCAAAUGAGGAGUGAAGGAACCAAAAGUGAUCAAAGAACCUUUAAAUGCAGGUUUUAGAGCAGGCCAUCAUGAGUUCCUGGGGUCAAAGGUAAAGAGCUUCAGUCCAAACCACUGAAGCUCUUCACCUCUCAGACGCCAAAGAUGUUGGCGUCUGAGAGGUCAGUUUUGGACUGGUUCACAUGUAGAAUCUCUCACAGGUGUUCAGCACCGGUUUAGUCGAAAAAAUCUCAGACUUUGGUUCCUGUAGAGUGACCUAAACUUGGCUGAGGACCUCCAAACACAUCCCACACCAAAGAACCAGCUGUAGUGGGUCAGACCCGAGUGUUUCCAUGAGUUUAACGAACCGGACUCUGGGUGUCAGCUCCAGUAUAGAUGAUGGACAUGACUGUAGAUUCUAAGAGCUCCUCCCUGAUGAGACAACUUGACAUGGAAGCUUCCCAUUGGCUGACCUGGAUGCUCUGACGGUAGCUCCCUCUUUGGCCCAACAGUGUGAAGUUACUCAGAACCCAGCGCUGUUUUCAAGUUCUGGGGUUUGAACCAGUGAAGUGUUCCUACCUGACCCGGUUCUGUUCUGUUUGAACUCUAAUGAGAGAUCUGUCAGCACUCUGUACACCAUCAGACAGCCUAGAUCACGAAGAUUUCAAAGUCACAGCUCUGAUUUGAUCGGAAAAAAAUCCAUCGGAGACACCGCGGUCUGAACCCCAAAUGACUUUAGUUCGAGACUGAAGUUUGUCUUUUGGUUCAUGACGCCCAACAAAGAUGGGUUUUUAUCAAAAUCACUAAGAUACUGAUGAAGGUGCUGUCCACGCCAAAAACAAUCGUCACAAAGUCCUCUCCAGAACUUUGAACCGCAAAGACAGGGACAGAGAUUAUUCCCUCCAUGAUUUAAGAAAAGACAAAAAGACGGUGUACGGGUCGAUGAUCCCAGAACUCAGACGAGACCUAGUUCUGAGGGUUAGAACUUGAGCCAUGGUCUUCAUUUCGCUGAAGUUCUGAGUGGCUUGAUGGUUGGUAACUGGCGGUCAGCACAAAUGACGACUGUGGACGUGAUCAUGGCGAACAGAAGCGUCCGAAACUUCCCCGUCCACAGCUAAGGAUUGUUGGUCUGACAUCAUGAGCUCUGUUUAAAGGAGCGUCUUUAAAUCCACUGGUUCUGGUUCUGUGAGACUGGUAGAUCUCUGGGGAUAAACUCUGAGUGUUUCUGGGACGUCCUGGAGCUUCUCUGUCCCUCAGAGAAGAUCAGGAUGAGCCAGUCUCUCAGAAACUUUAAGAUUCAUGGAUCUGUUUCUGUCCUUAGCUGAUGGUGCUCAUUAAAUGCUGCCAUCUUUGUUUUGGUCUGUGACCCAAUCAGCUGCCCUCUACAGUCCCAAUCAGAGGCCAGGUUUCUUGUCCAACUGUAUGUAGCAGCUGGUGAUGGAGGACUUUGGCAAAGUUCUUCUCUGUGAGUUAGGGAUGAUCCCACUAGCAACAGGGUCAGGUUUAGACCCACACCCUCAUGUAGAGACAGAAUUUAAAGGUAAGGUGUUGUUGGAUGGUGGACAACACUGAAGGGAGGUCAAACAGAAACUGGAACACUUCAGGUGCCAAAACUCAGUCCAAGAUCCUGUAGAGUUUGUCACCAGAGGUCUUAAUCUUUUGAACCAGAAUGGAACAAGAAGACGGGGUUUACAGGUUUUUCUGAAUAAUCCAGAUUAGAGUCAUGACAUUCAGGGGUCUUUGUCUUUGGUUUGAACUUUGAGGUGUCCUCAGUGAUCACCUGGAUCCCACCGAAUCCACACUCACUAAUGGAGAUCUAGUUCUAAAGACGGUUAUUAAUCAUAGUCAUGGUUCUUGGUUUGGACGGACCCUUAAAGGGAUAUAAAAGGGUAAAAUUAAUUUACGAUCAAACACACCGUAACACAGAGUUAGAAACCCCCCUACCAGAGAUGAAUGUUGCCGACCGCUUGCUUCUCUAGUUAUACCAACUUUAGUAACGACCGCAGGAUAGCAAUACACAGCGGUCCGAGGAGCCAUAAACAAACCUCAACCAAAACGCCACUCCAUAGCCACAAAUAAUGCUCAGAACUGCACCUAUAACUUCAUCAACGGUACAAAUAGGGUCCCAGCCGUAGUACUAUAUUCAGAGUUGUUCUAACUCCCAAGAAAACAAAAACUUAAGCGGAGGUGUGUCUCCACUUCUGUAGUCUUUAAGCUGGGCCAAGAAACUUCUACUGUAGUAAAAUGAAAAGGUAAAGGUGUUUUUAUUAAGCCGAAAUAUCAAUAAAAUCAUGAUUUUGUUAACAGGUAUGGAUAUAUGUGCUGUAGAGUUAAUAUAUUUGAACAAGAGCACAGUAAAGUUAAAUAAGCUAAUUUUCCAACGAGGUUUGUUACUAAAAGGAACUACACCAUGAUCUACUGAGGUUAGCACAUACAGUGCAUCCGGAAAGUAUUCAUACCACUUCACUUUUUCCACAUUUUGUUAUGUUACAGCCUUAUUCUAAAAUGGAUUAAAUUCCCUUUUUCCCUCAAAAAUUCUACACAAAAUACCCCAUAAUGACAAAGCGAAAACCUUUUUUUAGAACAUUUUGCAAAUUUAUUAAACACAAGAACACUCAAAUGUUGCAUACAUAAGUAUUCGCACCCUUUACUCAAUACUUGGUCGAAGCACCUUUGGCAGUGAUUACAGCCUCCAGUCUUCUUGUGUAUGAGGCAACAAGCUUGGCACACCUGGAUUUGGGGCGUUUUCCCCAUUCUUCCUUGCACAUCCUUUCAAGCUCAGUGAGGUUGGAUGGGCAGCGUCGGUGCACAGCUACUUUCAGGUCUUUCCGAAGAUGUUCAAUCGGGUUCAAGUCUGGUCUCUGGCUGGGCCACUCAAGGACAUUCAGAGACUUGUCCUGAAGCCACUCUUUUGUCUUCUUGGCCGUGUGCUUAGGGUCAUUGUCAUGCUGGAAGAUGAAGCAUCGCCUCAGCUGAAGGUCUCGAGCGCUCUGGAGCAGGUUUUCAUCAAGGAUUUCGAUGUACUUAGCUGCAUUCAUUUUUCCCUCGAUCCUGACAAGUCUCCCAGUUCCUGCAGCUGAAAAACAUCCCCACAGCAUGAUGCUGCCACCACCAUGCUUCACUGUAGGAUGUAUUGGCGAGGUGGUGAGCGGUGCCUGGUUUCCUCCAGACAUGACGCUUGGCAUUCAGGCCAAGGAGUUCGAUCUUCGUUUCAUCAGACCAGAGAAUUUUGUUUCUCCUGGUCUGUGAGUCCUUUAGGUGCCUUCUAGCAAAGUCUAAGCGGGCUGUCGUGCUUUUUACUGAGGAGUGGCUUCUGUCUGGCCACUCUACCAUAAAUGCCUGACUGGUGGAAUGCUGCAGAGAUGGUGGUCCUUCUGUAGCGUUCUCCCAUCUCCUCAGAGGAACACUGGAGCUUUGUCAGAGUGACCAUCGGGUUCUUGGUCACCUCCCUGACCAAGGCCCUUCUCCCCCCGCUUGCUCAUUUUGGCUGGGCGGCCAGCUCUAGGAAGAGUCCUGGUGGUUCCAAACGUCUUCCAUUUCUUCAUGAUGGAGACCACUGUGCUUUUUGGGAUCUUCAACGCUGGAGAUAUUUUUCUGUAACCUUCCCUAGAUCUGUGCGCUGAUUCAACCCUGUUUCGUAGGUCUACAGACAAUUCUUUCGACUUCAUGGCUUGGUUUGUGCGCUGACGUGCUCUGUCAGCUGUGGGAUCUUAUAUAGACAGGUGUGGCUUUCCAAAUCAUGUCCAAUCAGCUGAAUUUGCCACAGGUGGACUGCAAUCAAGUUGGGGGAACAUUUCAAGGCUGAUUAGUGGAAACAGGAUGCACCUGAGCUCAAUUUUGAGUUUUAUAGCAAAGGGUGUGAAUACUUAUGUAUAUGCAACAUUUGAGUGUCUUAUUUUUAAUAAAUUUGAAACAUGUUCUAAAAAGAGUUUUUCACUUUGUCAUUAUGGGGUAUUUUGUGUAGAAUUUUUGAGGGAAAAAAGGAAUUUAAUCAAUUUUGGAAAAAGGCUGUAACAUAACAAAAUGUGGAAAAAGUGAAGUGCUAUGAAUACUUUCCAGAUGCACUGUAUAGGGUCCCAGCCAUAGUACAAGCCACCAAACAUCUUUUUAACUUUGACUAAUUUCUUUAGCAAAGACACUAAACACAACUCACCUACUCUCUUCCAGCAGCUGCUUGUUUGUAGCAAGACCUCAGGCCAGUCCAUUACGGACUACAGUGGGGUGACACAGCUCAAGGAAGAACAUUUAUGAUCAUUUCUUCAUUGAAAUGCAAUCAGACCGAGACGCUAAGGCAGAAGAACUACUGCGUCUGCAAAAUGAUUAAUAUGGUGAUUAUUACUUCAAGGAAAUGAUAAAGAAAUGAUUAUAAAUGUUCUUCCUUGAGCUGUGUCACCCCGCUGUAGUCCGUAAUGGACUGGUUUUGGUUGAGGUUUGUUUAUGGCUCCUCAGACCGCUGUGUAUUGCUAUCCUGCGGUCGUUACUAAAGUUGGUAUAACUAGAGAAGCAAGCGGUCGGCAACAUUCAUCUCUGGAGGGGGUUUCUAACUCGGUGUUACGGUGUGUUUGAUCUAAAUUAAUUUUACGGUGGUAUAUCCCUUUAAAGUCAGUAUUUUGCUGUAAAGGACAGAUGAUACCUGAACCAUAGACAUAAUAUACGUAGAUGCCUCAAAGCCUGAUGCUGCCUAUUGGAGCUCACGUGUCAGCGUGGCUGCCAUCUUGGAUGGGUCCCCCGAGCGCCUCCAGUGCAUUAAGGUAGGUAGAAAUGCCCAACCAUGUUGAUAGUAACUCUCUGAAUCCCAUAAUACAGGACAAUGUCACACGUUUAAAAUAACCAAAAUUAUUUUUCAAUCUUAUUUAUGAAAAGUAAUCCUACAUGAUCUGUUUUCAAUACUGCAUUGGUUUUUUCAACCAUAGAGUGCAAAAAUAUGGGCAUAGUUGUUCGUUCUCCAUUGACCCCGUAUGGCUCUAGAGCGAGCCUGGAGUGGAAUGACCCAUCCAAUAUGGCGGCGAUGCUAGAUUAUGCUCCAGCACAUAAUGAGGCGUCUACUUAUAUAAUGUCUAUGACCUGAACUGUGUGGUCUCUCAGGGACCUCUGAGAUCCACCAGCCUGUCAGCUGUCCCAUAAACGGAGCAACCCCCCCAGAAAACAGCUGUUGGUAUUUCCUGUUUCCUUGAGAUCUUCCUCUCGGCGGUUCUGAUGGUUCUGGUCUUUAUGUUUGCAUGCAGAGGGCAGGGAUUGUGGAUCUGUAGGACCUGUUCAUGAGGUUCAUUUUGUGCCACUUUACCAUUGAAUGGCCUUAAUCCAGAGUAUCAGCCUGAGUAUUAAUUAACCUGCAGAAAAGUACCUAAGUACACCAAACAGUGCAAUAACACACAAGUACUGAGGGUCACAUGACCACAGUGCUUUUCUCAUUGACGAUUACACUGGAGUAUGGUCAUCAAAACGUAAAGUUUGACAUGAUUUUUUUAUUUUAAAUCAUCCUGUAACCUCCCGUCAUCCUGCCUGAACAAACCGGGAACUGUACGGCAGGAAAACGUAUCGUUAUGGUUAUUUCUGCACCAGGUCCCUGUGGUUAGACGGGAACAGAUCCAAGAAAAAGACUCUGGCAGCAUGAUGGAUGAACCACCGGAGAGUCAUUUUUUAAAGAGAUCCUGAAAGACUGCCAGCGUAGAAAGGCAGGCCCCCCUAACUAGGUGGACUCCCAUCUGAACCCAAACCCAGACUGUAGGCAGGGAGAUCUUCUGCAGCCUCCAGUCUGGAUCUGCUGCUGUUCCAGGAGUUUGUUCAGGCAGGAUGAAGAUGGUCUGGUGACUUUGAACCUGUUGAUCCGUUCUUGUUUAAUUUCAUGUUUUUGAAUAGAAACAUGCUUGUGUACGAUACUAAUAAAAGACUAUGGAACAAGAACAGAUCUGACCUUUGUCUUCAUUUACUCAUCAGAGUUCACAGGUGCAGCACUCAAACUUCUCAACAAGAUUUCUCUCACAAAUGUUCUUACUCAGAUCUGAACGGACUUCGUGUUGAAGUCUGCUCGGUUGUCCCCUCAGUCCCUGGUCUGGACCCGGCCUUCAGCUGGUCAGUACUUCUGGAAAUCUUGGCUUUAACUUGAUCAGCAGAUCAGUCUGUUGUUAAAACGAGCUUCUUCCAGCUUUGUCUUUUAGCAAAGGCUCAAAAUUAUUGUUUAAAGGCUGAUCUUGAGAAAACUAUUCAUGCCUUUAUAUAUAUAGAUUAUAUAUAUAAAUUACUCUAACUCCUUGUAUGCCGGCUUGGACAAGUCAUCCAUCAACCGCCUUCAGCUCAUCCAAAAUGCUGCUGCUCGACUCCUCUCUGGCAAGAAAAAACGCGACCACAUAACUCCAAUUUUACCAACCCUUCACUGACUCCAGUCUGCUUUCUUUGGUAUUGAUUUUAAAAUUCUUUUAAUCGUUUUUAACGCUCUUAAUGGUCUUGUGUAUUUCCACUACCCAGUCAGAGCCUUAAGGUCCUCUGACCAGUUAAUAUUGAGCAUUCCCAAAACCAGACUCAAACUUAGAGAUGACCCACUUUAUCUCCCUUUCAUUUAAUAAAUGAGAACACAGGAAUCAUAGACACUGUAAUUCUUGGAUUAGGUUCAUUGUGUCUUUUUUGAUCAAUUACGAUCAGAUGUUCUUUUAUACAGACACAGGUUUUUUAUUUACCUUGCUGACGUGUUUCGACGUGCUGGCAGCAGUCUUCCUCAGAGUGUCACGUGAUGAUUGUGUGACGUGUCUUAAAACAGCUGAUGUUUCCGAAUGCUGAUGGUCCUCUGGCCUCGCUUCCAGAUUUCCAUUGCCUCCCUGAUCCAGCGCUGAUGUUUAUUUAUUAUUUAUUACUGUCAGUAUUUUAUUCCACUGUUUUUAAUUUUAUUUUUUAUUGUUAUCUAUUUAUUUAUUUACCUUCUUUAUGUAUCCCAUGUACAGUACUUUGUUUGACUGCUGUCUUUUUAAAGGUGCUUUAUGAAUAAACUUUGACUUGACUUGGGUCAGCUGUACCUGAUCUCCGUCUUGACUAAUGUCCCCCAGAUUCUCUACGACCCGGUUCAGCUCAAUCCAGCAGGGUCAGAAAACCAGUUUCAGGCGGUUUUGGUUCUGUGGCAGGUCCCAGGUCCUGCUGCUGGAGGAGGAAAUCUGGAUCUCCAUAAAACUUCAUGAAGGUCUGAGUGAAUAAAUGAAUCUGUUCAAUCAGAGGCAAAGGGGUCCUAGAGAGACCGAAGGGACCAGGAUCUGUCUGCAGUGAUUCUGAGGAGACAGCAGGGGGUGGCAAACGCUCACACUGGACCUCAGUGUUCUCUUGAUCAGCUGUCUGACUGUGUGUGUGUGUGUGUGUGUGUGUGUGUGUGUGUGUGUGUGUGUGUGUGUGUGUGUCGGGUCAGGUCAGCGCCAAGGUCCGGCUCAGACUAAUUAGAGUCUUUUGCAGCAGCUGAGCCCAACAUAAUGAUGUCAAGAGAAGUGGUUCUGAUCAGCUGUUUUUAGACCCCUGAUCCGGAUCAGAUCUCUGCAGGACUGAGGAUCUGAUCAUCUCGGUCUGGUUCUGUGGUUUCCUUCAGAACCAAAACUAAACUCUGUUACUAAAGGGGCUCAUAUCUGAUCCAGCACCAGGGCCGUUCUGGUGAACCGGGUCAGAGAGAACCCUGCACACAAAGAGGUUCCUGCCUUAGAACCAGGAACCGGCCUCGGCCCAACAGCAGCAGUAGACAAAGGUCACCAGGAGCUGCACCAGCUACCACCUGCCUGGCCCUCAGCAGCAUCGCAG